CAACGCAACGAAAAUCAGAUAAACAAAGAAGCCAUGAAAGGAAAGAUUUCAGACUCAUCCUCGGAGAAAUCAUCAAUGGCAUCAUCGAACACCACGACGACUUCCACUGUGUCUACGGACGAUUCAGAGAGAAGAGACAGUAACUGUUACUUCCCAUAUUGUCGCAAAGACGCGAAUUGCAGCUGCGAGAUCUGUCUCGACAGUCUCAACGCAACGCUCGAUCUCAUGCCUCUUAGCGUACAGAAAAGCUCCCUCACGAAGCUCUCUUAUGCCUCCUCGAAUUUCAAAUCCACCGUCGAAUCUACUCCGACUUCAUUUGACCCGACCGUCGUCACCACGCCCGCUUCGGUUUCUCGCCCAAUCUCGAAGGUGAUAUCUCAGAAAUUGGUGACGAAACCAAAAGUUUCAGAGGAUGAAGAAUUGAGGAAGAAGAAGAAGACGAACCAGAGAAAGUCACUGAUAUGCGUUUUUAGGAAAUUGGUUUUAGGGAUUGGUUUGGUUCUGUGUUUAGAAUUAGGGUUUAAUUGGAUGCUUAAAGGGGUUUUAAAACCCGAAUUUACAGAGGAGAUAGUGAGAGUUUCUGGUGAGAGAUCUCAAUCUGCUCUCGAUCUGGGUUCGAAGCUGAGAAUCACGGAAAACGAAUUAAAGGGUUUUGCUAAAAGUGGAAAGUUUUCGAGUUGCAGGGGUUCAAAUUCCAAAUGGAAAUUCAAUCAGGAUGGUCCAAUGUUGAAUUCAAAGUGUCCUCUGUACAAAUCCGCCAUUGAAGAGGUGAGUAUUUGGGGUUGGCCUUUGCAAACCGCCGGUUUGUUCCGUACCGGCUUCUCCUCAAGCUCAAUAACUGUAUUAUCAGGCCGAGUAACCGAGUGGUCAGAAGGAAGAUUCGGUUACUUAAUACGUGAGGCCAACACUUCGUGGGGGAAAACCAAAUGGAGCACAUCGGUUCUGCAACUAGAUCCCAACACAUGGAUUCUUGAGUAUAGCCAAAGCUCGGUGACAGAGAGUUCGACUUUGUUUUCAGUAACAAUCGAUCUCCUGACACACAUGAUGGUCCAGGCAGCGAAGAAUGUGAAUCGGGAGCUUUUCUGUGUGUUUUCAGCCUCAAGGAAUCUGUAUAGUGAAGCAGUCUCAAAGACUAGCACAAUGACUCCAACUUAGAAAGAAAUAAAAAGUAAUCGUUUUUUGGUUCUUCCUUUCAAGCAUUGACAUCUUGUCAUCUUUUUAGGUAUAGUCAAAUGAACAAGAUGUGCUUAUGACUGUUACUGUGUAGUUGUAGAAGGCUUAGACAUUCCUUCUUAUGUAGUAGUUCUUUCAUGUCAUUUUUUGUUUGUUUACUAUGGCUUGUGAGAGAACUGUAAACGAUGUCGUUUUUGAAAGUUAA